CAUACAUGUACAAAUGUACAAUCAGCUUUCCAGUCAUCUCUCUCCCGCAAGAAUCACCAUUUCUCUCUCGUUUUUCUUUCUCCCUAUAGAGCAAUGAGCGAUCACAAGGCCAAAUUCCUGGAGGUCUACUCCACCCUGAAAUCGGAGCUCCUCAAUGACCCCGCUUUCGAAUGGACCGAUGAUUCUCGUCAGUGGGUUGAGCGGAUGUUGGACUACAAUGUACCUGGAGGGAAGCUGAACCGUGGGCUCUCUGUGAUUGAUAGCUAUAAGUUACUGAAAGAGGGGAAAGAACUAACCAGUGAUGAAAUUUUUCUAACGUCUGCCCUGGGUUGGUGUAUUGAAUGGCUUCAAGCUUACUUCCUGGUUCUUGAUGAUAUUAUGGAUGGCUCUCAUACGCGGAGAGGUCAACCAUGUUGGUUCAGGUUGCCUAAGGUUGGCUUGAUUGCAGCAAAUGAUGGUAUACUUCUUCGCAACCACAUUCCAAGAAUUCUAAAGAAGCACUUCAAAGGGAAGCCUUAUUAUGUCGAUCUGUUGGAUCUAUUUAAUGAGGUUGAAUUUCAAACUGCGUGUGGGCAGAUGAUUGAUCUGAUUACCACCCUUGUAGGGGAGAAAGAUUUGUCAAAAUAUUCAUUGCCUCUCCACCGCCGGAUUGUAGAAUACAAGACUGCUUACUAUUCAUUUUACCUCCCAGUGGCAUGUGCACUUGUUAUGGCAGGUGAGGAUCUUGAGAAGCAUGUUGAUGUGAAAAACAUACUUGUAGAAAUGGGUAUCUAUUUUCAAGUACAGGAUGAUUAUCUGGACUGUUUUGCUGAGCCAGAGAUUCUUGGAAAGAUUGGGACAGACAUUGAAGAUUUUAAGUGCUCAUGGAUGGUUGUGAAAGCUUUGGAGCUUUGUAAUGAGGAGCAAAAGAAGAUACUGUUUGAGAAUUAUGGAAAUGGGGAUCCUGCUUGUAUAGCUAAGAUAAAGGCACUUUACAAUGAUCUCAAGCUUCAGGAUGUGUUCACUGAGUAUGAGAGCAAUAGCUAUGAAAAGCUAAUUAGGUCAAUUGAUGCUCAUCCAAGUGAAGCAGUUCAAGCAGUGUUAAGGUCAUUCUUGUCCAAGAUUUACAAGAGGCAAAAAUAGGAAAGCUCUAUGCUCUUCUCUAUAAAGAAAUUGGCCUGGUGUUGGUGGUUCCUAUCUUUUGUUUAUACUUCAUUUGUUCUAGUUGUACCAAGUUAAAAUAAAAGGUCUCAUUGUUUUUCCAAGACAAUUAUCUGCAUCAUGAAUAAGUAUCAAGUAGCCAGUCCCCUUUUAUUGCAAUAUAAAUCCAUAAACUUUUUUUUCAUCCGUUUCGUUACAUACUACGUAGUAUAAUACAUUCAUUUACUUUUUUUGGAAGAAUGGUAAAAAUAUAUGAACUGAGAUAACAGUUUAU